GAGGAAUACGACGGCGUAAUGAGGACAUUUAGGCUGCUUGGAGUCUAGAACCUGGUGGUAAUGGCCGAUCGCUUCAAUUUUUAGUCACCGCAUUGUACUUGCAAUAAGUCAUUAUGCCUCGAAUACAAAUAAAGGGAGGAGUUUGGAGAAACACUGAGGAUGAAAUCUUAAAAGCAGCUGUAAUGAAAUAUGGCAAAAACCAAUGGUCACGAAUUGCCUCUUUACUUCACCGGAAAUCUGCUAAACAGUGCAAAGCCAGAUGGUUUGAAUGGUUGGAUCCAAGUAUCAAGAAGACUGAAUGGAGCAGAGAAGAAGAUGAACGACUUCUGCACAUGGCCAAGCUGAUGCCAACUCAGUGGAGGACUAUCGCCCCAAUCAUCGGCAGAACAGCAGCCCAGUGUCUAGAACGAUAUGAAACAUUACUUGAUCAAGCCCAACAAAGAGAUGCCGAGGACCCUGACAAUGACCCAAGAAAGUUGAAGCCGGGAGAAAUUGAUCCAAAUCCAGAAACUAAACCAGCUCGACCUGACCCAAUCGACAUGGAUGAAGAUGAACUUGAAAUGCUUUCGGAAGCCAGAGCACGUCUCGCUAACACACAGGGUAAGAAGGCUAAACGCAAGGCACGAGAGAAACAACUAGAGGAGGCUCGUAGAUUAGCUGCACUGCAGAAGCGACGAGAACUUCGAGCUGCUGGUAUAGAGGUCAAAAAGAAAAGGCGAAAAAAGAGGGGAGUUGACUACAAUGCAGAAAUUCCGUUUGAAAAAAAGCCAGCGCCGGGAUUUUACGAUGUCUCUGAGGAAAAUGUCGCGGCAUUGAACCCGAAUUUCAAAAGGUUGCGGCAGCAGGACAUGGAUGAAUCAAGAAGAGACGACGAAGAACAGAAAGAGAGAAGGAAGGAUAAAAUGAAAUUGAAGAGAAAAAAGGAGAAUGAUCUAGCUGCUGCUAUUGCAGCAACCAACAAGAUGGUGGAACCAGAAAAGAAACGAAGCAAGUUAGUGUUGCCAUCGCCACAAAUAUCAGAUCAAGAAUUGGAAGAAGUUGUCAAGCUAGGCCAGGCAAGUGAAGCAGCAAGGCAACUAGCAGAGGAAGGGGGCUUGUCUGGGGGUGCUUCAAAGACCUUGCUAUCUGAUUAUUCAAUGACUCCUGGGCCUGGAAAUUUAAGAACUCCGAAGACUCCUGCUCAACAUGACAAUGUGCUGCAGGAAGCACAAAAUAUUCUGGCUUUACAAAAUGUUGAUACACCUUUGAAGGGUGGAAUCAAUACACCUCUUCACGAAAGUGAUUUCAGAGGGGUAACUCCACAACGGAGUGCUACACAGACACCCAACACAGCCUUUACUACGCCAUUCCGUACACCAUCGCAUGGUCCUGAAGGUGGAACACCCAGGAUGGGAAUGACACCAAGAGCUGGAAAGGGAUCAGGUCAAACCCCACUACAGACCCCGGUGCGUGAUCGUCUCAACAUCAACACGGAGGAGUUGUUGGAAGAGAUAGAAGAUAGUCAUUUUUCUAAAAACCAUCAGAAUCAAAUGAAGCAGAGUUUAAGGCAAGGUUUGGCUGGUCUGCCUGCACCAAAGAAUGACUUCGAGAUUGUUAUUCCUGAGAACGAAGAUAAUAAUCAAGACUACUCGAUGAACGAUCCAAAUUUUGUGCCAGACGCUGCAGACGUAGAUGCUACACAACAAGCCUUAAGAGCUGAACAACGUCAACGGGAAUGGAGAAGGCAGUCGCAAUCAAUCCAGCGGAACCUACCAAGACCAUCUGAAAUCAAUGCUACAAUACUACGGCCUAAGGACCUUGAUGUUCCAUUGACACACAUGCAGAGAGCCGAAGAAUUGAUCAAAGAGGAGAUGAUUAGUAUGCUGCACCAUGAUGCCCUGAAGCAUCCGAGUGCGAACCAAACAGCAGCUGCCUCCUCAAACAGGAAAAGCAUCACAGGGGCUAAGAUGGGCCAAGCUGUCCACCUUGCAUACCUCCAAGCUCGCCCGUACCAGGAGAUCGACGAGCAGGAGAUGGAAAUGGCGAAAGAGCUUCUCAAACAGGAGAUGGAAGUGGUCAAGAAUGGAAUGGGUCAUGGUGACUUGACCCUGGAUACAUAUUCCCAGGUUUGGGAGGAGUGUAACAAACAAGUCUUGUUCCUACCAUCUCAGAACAGGUAUACAAGGGCUAACCUGGCCAGCAAGAAGGAGAGAAUAGAAUCUUCAGAGAAGAAGUUGGAGAUCAACCGAAGCUUUAUGACCAAAGAGGCAAAAAGAGCAGCCAAGCUGGAAAAGAAAUUGAAGAUCCUUCUUGGAGGCUACCAAUCAAGGGCGCUUGGUCUCAUUAAACAGGUCGGAGACGUUUGGGACUCUAUUGAACAGACCACCAUCGAACUGAAGACAUUUGAAGACCUGGAGAAGAAUGAAAGCACAGCUCUUCCUCGUAGGCUUGAGUCCUUGAAAGAAGACACAUCACGUCAAACAGAACGUGAAAAAGAACUUCAAAAAAGAUAUGCUGACUUAUCAUAUGAAAGGGACAUCCUGAGCACAAGACUGGAACGCUUCCAGAAAUCAUAAACUCUAAUGUCAUAAUCAACACACUGAACCAGUAUUGAUAUACACAUCUCAUAUGAAUGUGCCUGUAAGCAGGUGCACUGUAUAUGCAGGUGUCCAAUACACACAUGUGCACUGUACCUACAAGUGCACAUAAUGCAGUUACACCACAUGUGUGCAAAUUGCGGCCUGUGGCCAACAGUGUUUUGUUUUUAGUGGCCCACGAAAACAAAUUAAAUACCCAAGGUUUGUAGCCCGCCAUCCAUCUUUGGCAAGAAAACACCUUGUUUUCUCGUUAUAUUAAAACUAAAAAUAAAGUGGUGUACAAGCAGUGCAAGAAGGUAUGUUUGGAAGCACACUGGAACCAUCAAAAUUUGGGUGCGGCCCUCGAUGUUAAAUCAAAAAUUCACUUUGGCCCUCCAACCGAUUUUUAUGCCCACCCCUGAGUCACAUGAUGCUUACAGGUGCACUAUGCAUACAGUUACACGAUGCCUAUAGCUUCACCUUACUUGCAGAUGCACCUGCCAGAUGCACCUGCCAGAUGCACCAAAUUUCCAGGUGCUAUAAUAAGCAGGUGCUCCCUGUAUGCAAGUUCACAAUAGAUGCAGAGGCACCAUACUUGUUCAUACAGGUGCAGCAUCCAUGCAUGUGCAGCAUCCAAGCUGGUGCACCUUAUAUGCAUAUUGAUAAUUCUGUGGAAACAUUUCGUAUGCAUUUUCGGCGAAACAUGUUUCAUACGUUUUUGGUCUCUAUAUUACAAAACGAGUAUUUACUGUUCUUGUUUUACAUGUACGUGUUAAGUUAAGCGUCCAUGUAGUUCUAGUGCAGAUCGCAUGCCGAAACCUCUCUAUUAUUAUAUUAAGUGAUGAAUUGAUAUUUUAAUAGCAAACCUUCAUUAAGACAAAUAUAAAUUCAUAUGUUGAAUGUAUUGUGUGACCGCUUGUAUAAUUUCUCGGACAUAAGUAUGUUAAUAAUUUGUAUAAUGACUAUCAAGAGGUGAAAACCUGUUUUAUAACGUAGAAUUAUUUUCUGCCGUUAGAGGGCACAGUUGAGCAAUACUGUUGUCAGAGGGCACACUGGUUAUAUUAUUUUUUGGUCUGAGAAUGAAUGAUACAAUGUACCGAGUUAAUGAAGGUAUUAUGUGAUCCAUUUUGUAUUAUGAAUUUAGGAAAUAAAUUUCAGGAAAUGUAUGUUUCUCCACUUUUCAUUAAACGUUUUUGACAUUAUUUAAUGCGAUGACUUUUAAUGUAGGCCUAUUACUAUUUACAGUCUUUUUAAAUAGCCUAAAAGUGCAUAGGCUACUUUCAUUUUGACAUCAUUUGUUAUUGAAGACAAAUGAAGAAGUCCUUUUUGAAGUCCAAGGAAAGCUGAAUGAAGGUUAUAAAAAAAAUUGUGCUGAUAGGAAUGCACUAUGAGAAGAAAAAUUUUCUUUUACCAUCUACCAAGAACAGUCUUUCGAAAACAUUGAUGCUAUUUAAAUCUGUCAAGAGAAUGUCCGAUUUAGGGUACCAUUAAUGUAAUUUUUUUUUUUUAAAUAUUCAUAUAAUAAUAUCAAUUACAUCAAUGGUA